GAGCGCUGAUUGGUCCCUGAAAGGGAAGUGACCCGUCAUGUGAGUCUGCGCUGUUGGCUGAGAGUCAGCUGAUCCGCUCGGGCUGUUAUUUUCUCUCCGUCACGGUUCUGCUGGGCUGUUCUGCUGGUUCUGGAGGUGAACUCGGUGUUUUAGGAGCAGCUGAUCUUCACUUUUCUCUUCAUUCCGUUUAUCUGAGUGAUCCGGCGGAGAGCCUGCAGCAGACAUGGCGCUGAGCGACGCGGACGUGCAAAAGCAGAUUAAGCACAUGAUGGCUUUCAUUGAGCAGGAGGCCAAUGAAAAAGCAGAGGAGAUUGAUGCUAAGGCAGAAGAAGAGUUUAACAUUGAGAAGGGUCGCCUGGUGCAGACUCAGAGGCUGAAGAUCAUGGAGUACUAUGAAAAGAAGGAGAAACAAAUCGAGCAGCAGAAGAAAAUUCAGAUGUCCAAUCUGAUGAACCAGGCCAGACUAAAGGUGCUGAAGGCUCGUGACGACAUGAUCUCGGAUAUGCUGAACGAGGCUCGUCAGAGACUGGCUAAUGUAGCCAGAGACCCGUCCAGGUAUUCUGCUCUGAUUGAUGGACUGGUGCUACAGGGUUUCUACCAGCUGCUUGAGCCCAAAGUGACAAUCCGUUGCCGCAAGCAGGACUUGGCUUUGGUGCAGGCUUCUGUGCAGAAAAACAUUCCUAUAUAUAAAGCAGCUGCAAAAAACAACCUUGAAGUCCGGAUUGACCAAGACAAUUUCCUCCCUGCAGAAAUCUCUGGUGGUAUUGAGAUCUAUAACGCGGAUGGAAAGAUCAAGGUGUCCAACACUCUGGAGAGCAGGCUCGAGCUUAUAGCACAACAGAUGAUGCCUGAAAUCCGAGUGGCCCUAUUCGGAGCAAACCAGAACCGCAAAUUCAUGGAUUAAACAUGUCUGAAACCUAGGGGCAUUGAGAAUCACAACAGAAAUGCAGUGGUUUUGUUGUUCUUGUUGUAUUUCUUUUUUUUAUUUUUAAUAAGAAACUCUAAGUAAUAUUUAACUUGAGAAAUUGUGUGUGCAUGUGUGUGUCGUAAAUUGUGAUUCAUUGUUGUUGUGAAAGAAAAAUCACAGAAAGUAUUAUAUUGAUUAGUUUCUGCAAGUCUGGUAUUUAUCAUCUCCUGUUCUGAUUGUCUGCGACAUUCAGAGGCAAUGCUACAAAAGUUUACAAGUUACAAGAGAUUUAGGUGAAUGUUCAUUUUUGAUCAUUUAGGAACAUUCUCCAUGAUGUAUCGCUAUGUUUGAAUUUACUUUUCAGCACACUCUAUAGCAAAGGAUUGGAAUAAUUUCUGAGGCAGUUUUACACCCUCUAUAAGUCAAUGUUAGCAGUAGAUGCUGGUUACGGUUGUUUCUCUCAUUCCUGUUGGUGACGAGUGUGUAUGAUGUGUAACUGAACCAAACACAUUUCUGUUAAAUACUGAAAUGAUCUUAAUGUGGAAAUAAUAAAAGGAAAAAGGAC